AGAACACUUAAGGCCCAUGAGAAAGAUCGCGCUAAACUUCCUACCUAUAAACCAAAACCGGCCAUGGCAGCCUUUUCCACCAACCGCCACCUAUCCAAACGAUGUCGUGGCAUGACUCCUCCUGACCCCUGCUGUGUCUACCUCACCAUUGCCAUAUUUGGUCUCAAUUUUUAUGAGGUUGCCUUGUAAAUCUAGAUUCUUCUGGAACGUCCAUUAACCCGGCCACUCGUGUCCCGCUGUACGCCUGUGGCCCUAGAACCAACUCCCUUAACCUCGAAGUUAUCCUCCGAUCAUAUCCAAUUUCAAAUUAGACACCCUGACUAUCACUCUCUCCGAUUCUACCUUUCUUGCAAAUUCAAGCAAAGAGUUUUGGUAGCUGCUGAGGUACUAUGGCAAAUGAGUACUCUAAUGAAGGCUCCAGUACAAGCCAUGUUUCUGGGGAAGGUUCGGAUGCAACUGUAGAGAUCAAUAUCAAGACCUUAAAUUCUCAGAAAUACAGUUUUCAGGUCAACAAAAAUAUGCCAGUUUCCGUAUUCAAGGAGAAAAUAGCGAAUGAAAUUGGUGUUCCGGUGAGUCAGCAACGGCUGAUUUUCAGGGGAAGGGUCUUGAAGGAUGAACACCUCCUUUCUGAAUAUCAAGUGGAAAAUGGCCAUACGCUGCACUUGGUUGCAAGGCAGCCUGCACAACCACAACAUUCAGCUGAUACAAGCUCUGGGGAUACAACCAGGAAUAAUGGAAAUAAUGCAAGCGCUGGUGCCCCCCGAAACCGCAUUGGGCCCAUAUCUCACAGUGUAGUUCUUGGGACAUUUAAUGUUGGGGACCAAGGGGGAGGCAUUGUUCCAGACCUCAAUCAGGCUAUUGGGGCUGUUCUGAACUCGUUUGGAAUUGGUGGCCAGGCAGCAACCAACAGCAUAGGUGGCAUGCUAUUAUCAAAUAUGCCAAAUGUUACUGGUCAAGCUUCUCAGGGAAGUGAAACCGGUGCAUCACGUGGCAAUAUUGGUGGUCAAAGCCCCGCAGGAAAUCAAACACAGUUUGGCCAUCCAUUUCAAUCAGCACCUCAAGUUGUGCAAGUUCCUCUGACUGCUGCUAUAACUGUUCCUUCACUUCAUUCGCCAAUUCCUGAUUCCUUGAACACACUUUUAGAGUUCAUUACGCGCAUGGAGCGGGUGCUGGCACAAAAUGGUGAUGAUUGCAAAAGUAAUCUGCCAAAUACAUCAGCAGCCAGCAUCGGAGAUCCACCAAGGGUAGAAUUACCUUCUAAUGCACGGGGCUUGCCAACACCUGAAGCUUUGAGUAUUGUCCUGCGUCAUGCAGAACAGCUUCUUAGUGGUCCCACAACAGCUGCAUUAUCUCGUAUUGCAGGACGUCUGGAACAAGUGGUUUCCUCUACUGAUCCUGCGAUAAGGGGCCAAAUUCAGUCAGAAUCAAUGCAAGUUGGCCUUGCAAUGCAACAUCUAGGUUCUCUUCUUCUAGAACUUGGUCGCACAAUCUUGACAUUGAAUAUGGGACAAUCACCUGCACAAUCUUCUGUAAAUGCUGGGCCUGCUGUUUAUAUUUCCCCAUCAGGGCCUAAUCCCAUAAUGGUCCAGCCCUUUCCUCUUCAAACCAAUUCCCUUUUUGGUGGUUCGGUUCCACCAUCAAAUCCCGUUGCAUUUGGCCCUGUUGGUAUUGGAAAUGCUCCAAGGCAUGUAAACAUUCAUAUACAUGCUGGGACCUCGUUGGCAUCAGUUAUUCCGGCCAUAGGUAACAGGACAAGUAGUACAGGGGUGCAGGGCGAACAUGGUAAUACUGCCAGUUCAGGUGUUUCAGGCCCAGAGCAGGUGCUACCAGUGAGAAAUGUUGUUGUAGCAACAGUCCCGUUACGCUCUGCUGGUGUUACAGUUGCUGCACAACCUGGUCUUGGGCUUUCUCUGUCACAGCCACCUUCUGAUUCCAUGUCAUUAAGCUCUAUAGUGAAUGAAAUAAACUCGCAACUGAGACAACUUUCUGGCAAUAUGCAGGAGGGAAACCAGCCUGCGUCAGGCUCCAUUGGAUCUGAUGCUGGUAACAAUCCAACUAACUCAGAGAUGAAUAGCACUGUGUUCAAUGGAGUUGGGGAAUCCAGUGUGUCCUUACCUGGGGUUAUGUCAGAACACCAUGGUCAGAAGACACAUGCUGAACAGGUCCAGGUACGUGACAAUGAUCCUUUUAGCUCAAAAGACAUACCAUCUUCUUCAGAGGACAGAUCGUCUUCUCUGAAGUCUGAUGAUACUUCUCAAGAUGUUUCCAGUUCCAGCAGUAAGCAUGAUGUUCCUGACAGCACUAAAGCUGUUCCGCUUGGUUUGGGUUUGGGGAGUUUGGACCACAAGAGACGAACCAAGCAGCCAAAAUCUCUUGUCAGGAGUGUUGAUAGUGAAACAACCAAUACCCAUCCCAAUCAGAACCCAGACACUGGGAUCAUUGGCCAACAGCUUUUACAAUCUCUUGCAUUUCACAGCUCUGGCACAAAUAGAAAUAUCAUGCCCUCAGAUCCAGUAGCCCCCUCUGCUGGGCAGGUCAUGGAGGGUAGACCACCAAUAAAUUUAAGUUCUGAUGGCCAGUUGGACACCGCUAGUGUUGUGUCUCAGGUUUUACAUAGUCCUGUUAUAAACAACUUGUUGACAGGGGUUUCAGAACAAACUGGUGUUGGUUCUCCGAAUGUCUUGAGGAAUAUGUUGCAACAGCUUACUCAGAAUCCCCAAAUAAUGAACACUGUCAGUCAGAUUGCUCAGCAGGUUGACAGCCAAGAUCUUGGAAAUAUGUUCUCAGGUUUAGGAAGUGGCCAAGGUGGCGGAAUUGAUCUGUCAGGGAUGGUCCGACAGAUGAUGCCCGUUGUUUCCCAGGUUCUUGUCCGUGGAUCACCCACUCCCCAGCUGUUUCCUACCCCAGAACCUGAACCCCAGAUGCAAUCCAAUGAGAGGGAAUCAAAUGGAGCUGAAAAUCCUAACAUUCAGAUCAACCUUCAUGAAGUGGCUCAGAGGAUUGAACAGUUUGAUGCACCUCAAGAUGUUUUCCAAGCCAUUGUCGGAAAUGCAGCAAGGUUGAAUGGCAAUGGAAGCAAUGCUGAAGAUAUUCUGCAUGAGUUGAACAACAAUGAGGAUUUAGCCAGUGAUUAUGUAGAGAUGCUGCAGCGUGAUAUUCACCGACGACUUCAGGAUGACUCUGGGGAGGAAAAGUGCUAAUUAUUGUUUUAAGUUAAAAUGGUUUCUGAAAAUUCUCAUAGGGUUACAGAUCCGGACAGAUUUCCAGAAAUCAUCGCCUCCGUUUGGUUUGGUUUGCUUUCAAAUUGUCUUUCGAGCCUGUAGAAUGUUGUGCAGAUCAGGCUUUGGGGCUCGAUGUGCCCCAAAUUGUAGGUGGUUGGCAGAUAGACUUUUUGGGUUAAUUGUGUAUUAAUCGCUGCUUUAAAUAUUAUAAUUACAUAACAUUGAGUUCUGAACAA